UGUUAGUGCAUAAAAUUUUGAUUUAAAUGAUAAAUAAAUGAAAGAUAAUAGUAGUCAACAUUAAAGUAAACCAUUUAGACAAUCCAACAAUUAAGUUGUUAAAUAACAAUGGGUCCACCAAAACGUUUCAAAAAAGAUAAUGAUAGAGGUAAAUGGAAAAAACGUAAAGAGGAUCCAGAAGAAUACAAUGAUGAUGAUACUUUAGACGACAAUGAAACUGAAGGAAUACCCGAUGCAGCCAAGAAUGACGUUGAAAAGCAAGAUGAUACAGCACUGGAAGAUGAAUUUGGUGCAAAGGAUUAUCGAGCACAAAUGGUUUUAAAACCAGAUUGUGUUUUAAGGCCGCUUUGGGUGGCACCAAAUGGACAUAUUUUUUUGGAAUCUUUUUCCCCUGUAUAUAAACAUGCUCAUGACUUUUUAAUUGCUAUCUCAGAGCCAGUGUGUCGUCCUGAACAUAUUCAUGAGUAUAAAUUGACCGCUUAUUCUUUAUAUGCUGCUGUUAGUGUCGGUCUUCAAACACACGAUAUAAUAGAAUAUUUGAAAAGACUAAGUAAAACCACUGUUCCUGAUGGAAUUAUAGAGUUUAUAAAAUUGUGUACAUUGUCAUACGGCAAGGUGAAAUUAGUAUUAAAGCACAAUAAGUAUUUCGUUGAAUCUCCGUAUCCAGAAGUAUUGCAAAAAUUACUGAAGGACCCUGUAAUUCAGGAAUGCAGGUUGAAGAAUACUGUAGAGGAUGAGAUAAUUACAAACAUUCAGAACAAAACAAAAGCACCUCAGUUUGGAGCAAAAGCAGUGACCAACGUUCCAACUGGAGUCACUAAAGUAACAGAAACUAACGAUCAAGUUCCAGCAGAAGCAGCUGCUGUUCCUGAAGAUAUAACUACCUUUUAUGACAAAAUGGACAAAGAAGAUGAAGACGAGGAAGAAGAGCAAGAACUGAAGACAGUUAGUUUCGAAGUAAAUCAGGAAAAAAUUGAAAUUAUUCAAAAAAGAUGUAUAGAGUUGGAGUAUCCCUUGUUAGCAGAAUAUGACUUCCGUAACGAUACCGUAAAUCCAGAUAUAAACAUUGACUUGAAACCGUCGGCUGUGUUGAGACCCUACCAGGAGAAGAGUUUAAGAAAAAUGUUCGGAAAUGGGCGUGCUAGAUCAGGCGUCAUAGUCUUGCCUUGCGGUGCUGGCAAAAGUUUAGUCGGCGUGACAGCUUGUUGCACAGUUCGGAAACGUGCAUUGGUAUUGUGUAAUUCCGGGGUGUCAGUAGAACAGUGGAAACAACAAUUCAAAAUGUGGUCGACCGCAGAUGAUUCGAUGAUUUGUCGAUUCACGAGCGAGGCCAAGGACAAGCCCAUGGGUUGUGGAAUUUUAAUCACGACGUACUCUAUGAUCACUCAUACGCAGAAACGCUCAUGGGAAGCAGAGCAAACUAUGCGAUGGCUUCAAGAACAGGAGUGGGGAAUAAUGGUUUUGGAUGAGGUACAUACGAUUCCUGCAAAGAUGUUCAGAAGGGUGUUGACAAUUGUUCAGUCCCAUUGUAAAUUGGGACUGACCGCAACACUGCUUCGAGAAGAUGAUAAAAUUGCUGAUCUUAAUUUUUUAAUUGGACCUAAACUGUACGAGGCUAACUGGCUGGAAUUACAAAAAAGAGGCUUCAUCGCAAGAGUACAGUGCGCCGAAGUUUGGUGUCCCAUGACUCCGGAAUUUUAUAGAGAAUAUCUCGGUUGCAAAAUGAGCAAAAAAUUGUUACUUUAUGUAAUGAAUCCUAACAAAUUUCGUUGCUGCCAGUAUUUGAUACGAUAUCACGAGAGACGUGGCGAUAAAACCAUUGUUUUCUCAGAUAACGUCUUUGCCUUGAAGCACUAUGCCAUUAAAAUGAACAAACCAUACAUCUAUGGCCCCACCAGUCAAAGCGAGCGAAUACAAAUUUUGCAAAACUUCAAAUUCAAUACUAAAGUGAACACUAUAUUUGUGAGUAAAGUAGCAGAUACUUCGUUCGAUUUGCCGGAAGCUAAUGUUUUGAUUCAAAUAUCUUCGCACGGCGGUUCACGGCGUCAGGAAGCGCAGCGUUUGGGUCGAAUUUUAAGAGCUAAGAAAGGUGCCAUCGCGGAGGAAUACAACGCGUUCUUUUAUACGCUGGUAUCGCAAGAUACGAUGGAAAUGAAUUAUUCGAGAAAGCGGCAGCGUUUUCUCGUGAAUCAAGGAUAUGCUUACAAAGUCAUUACAAAACUUGCAGGAAUGGAAGAGGAACCAGAUCUGAUGUACACGUCCCGAGAAGAACAGGGUCAUUUGUUGCAACAAGUCUUAUCUGCCAGCGACAUGGACGCGGAUGAAGAAAGGAUACCCGGAGAAGGACCCAGACCUAUUAUUCGCAAAGCGGGAAACAUGACCUCAAUGUCUGGCGCGGAUGAUGCAGUUUAUUACGAGUACAAAAAGGCUCCCAGUUCGUCCACGGCAAAUAAACAUCCGCUGUUUAAAAAAUUUAGAGCAUAAAAAAGAUAAACUUGUACAUGUACAUAAAAGUAUCUUAAAUUAUAAAAAGUGUUUAAUUAAGUAAUAAAUUAAAAAAGAAAUAAGUCUUUACGUGUAUAAGAAUCUUGCUUAAUGUAAAUUUUUUAUUGUAUAAAAACAUUUUUAUAUUUAA